GAGAGAUGCCAAACAAUGAACCUAUCUACUUCAUAUCUAUCAACCCCUUUAAAAGUUUCCAGUGGCAACGACUACGGAAGAUGAAUGGAAGCUGUGCUGUGGAAUUUGUAUCAGUAUUAUUCUAUUACUUUACUCUUUUCUCCUCUCAGAAAUUAGAAAAGCAUUAGAAAGCUCAUAGUGUCUCCUUUGACUCUUACUCGCCCCCUAAAUUGGGAUACAGUGCCAAGCCUUCAACUUUAGACCUGGUACUUGGAUAUCUUGCGCACACCAAUUUGCUUUCAAACUCUAUAUCUUCUAGACUCUUUCACCUUCCUCAUCAUUUCCAGAUAUAUAUAAAAGCUUAGUAGUGUUUCGGGGUUUUCUCUGUGAAAGCAUCCAUGUCUACUUCAAAGAGUGAUAGCAGUAGCAGUGAAGAUGAUAAUGAACUCAGGAGGGGACCUUGGACUCUUGAAGAGGACAAUCUGUUAACGCAGUACAUCUCUGUUAAUGGGGAAGGACGAUGGAAUUUGCUUGCAAAACUUUCAGGGUUGAAGAGAACUGGGAAGAGUUGCAGAUUAAGAUGGCUUAAUUAUCUGAACCCACAGGUAAAGCGAGGAAAUUUAUCCUCAGAAGAGCAGGUUUUAAUCCUUGAACUCCACUCAAAGUGGGGCAACAGGUGGUCGAAGAUUGCUCAACAUCUUCCUGGGAGGACAGACAAUGAGAUCAAGAACUACUGGAGAACUCGGAUUCAGAAACAAGCAAGACACUUGAAUAUUGACCCAAACAGCACAGAGUUUAAAGAAAUCAUCAGGCGAUUCUGGAUGCCAAGGUUGCUGCAGAAAGCAAGAGAAAUAGCUUCUCCUCCUGCUGCUGCCAUGUCAAUCCAAAACCAAACGAUUCCUCUGUCUAUUGAAAGUGUUUCUCAGUGUUCACAAAUAGGGACAGUACCAACACAGAUUCCUUGGCAGCGACCUUGUGGGAUGAAUGAAAUAGUAGUUCAAAACAGUUCAUGCGUGUCGUCUUCUUCCUCAGAAUCAUCAAACAUCCCAGAAGUGUCUCAGUUUCAAGCCUUAGAUAACAGUGACAUGAUCUCCCUUAUGUAUGAUGGUUACCAUGUUAAUAACAACAAUUAUGACAUGGAAACAUUCAAUCUGGGAACAACGGUGGCAGCUGAGGCUAUGGCAGGCAACUGGAUGAACAACGAAGUUGCAUGCAGCCUGUGGGGCAUGGACGAACUGUGGCAGUUCAGAAACUUCCAAGAAUAAGAAUUUCAGGGGUUCUAGAUCUUUUUUGUGAUGGACCAAAUUCUAUAUUCCAUGAUUUUAGUUAUUUGUUAUCUGAUAUAAGCAACUGUCAAUUAACAAUUUAUAUAUAUAUAUAUAUAUAGCUACUGGAUUUAUAUGUAGAGGGUGAUUGAUUUGUUGUACAAGAUUAGCGUGGUGUUGUAGUUGUUCUGCCCUGCUUUUGCUCCGAUGUGUUAGUUUUUGUGUUUAUUCGAUUCUGAUGGGAAGAGUCACCAUUUAGAAGGGCCAUGUAUAAACAAGGUUUGGAAAUUAGCAUGAAAAAGGAUUUCACUCA